AUGAGUGGCUCAGUUGUGUUGUCCAAGUUCAAUUCGUUAAUCGAGAAGAACCUGGUCUUUUUCGACGAACAACAACGAAUUAUCGAAUAUGAUGACAAAGGUCUCAAGCCAGGUGAGAUAGCAACUGUACAAGAGCGAGAUGGGAGCGACAUCAAUACCGUUGGCUAUGAGAUUUGUGACGUUGGCAGGUCUCAUUUUUUAGCUGCCAACAAGUUUUGUUUCGCAAGACCGCAUCUCAUGCUACUCACUUCGGACGGAAACAAGCGUCAAUAUAGCCCACUAGACCAGAACGACUGGCAAGCUUUGAGCAAUGUCUUGACCGACCUGGGUGAUGAUUAUGUUGCCUUCUUCAAUUGUGGACAAGAUGGGGGAUGUAGUCGACUGCACAAGCACAUGCAAUUGAUACCAAAACCCCAAGACAGUUUCGCAGCUUUCAUAGACAACGGGGAUGUUGUAGAGCCCGACGUCCCAUUCCAGUGGUUUUAUCAUCGCUUCGAAUCUCCAUCACCCCAACCAAAUGAUUUGUUGGACACUUACAACAAACUUCUAGAAAAGGCCACGGACGUGGGAAAAGGUCUAUCUGAGCAUGCCGACAGUCUGCCAACAGGAGCUGCAAUCCCACAUAACAUGUUGGUCACGAAUCAAUGGAUGAUUGUGCUCCCGCGACGUCGAGCGGCUGUCAAUAAAGAGGCUGGGGCUAAUUCGAUUAGCAUGAUAGGAGUUAUUGCUGUUGCGACCCAGGAGGAGAUUGACAAUUGGAUACGUAUUGGGCCUAUUAAUGCACUGCAGGAGCUCGGUGUCCCGAAGACACUCUAG